AUGUCAUCCAAAAAUAUAGCUGGGAAGCUAGUUUUCUAUCAAAUGGAGGGAAAUGCCACCUAUGUGAGAGACACAGGAGAGUUGGCAUCAGAUGUUCCCACAGAGACAAUGUUUGAACUCUUCAAUCCACAAAGGAAUUUCAGCACGGCCAAGUUUACUUAUACCUGGGAUCUAGGGAAUGGAGAAGUAAUCCAAGGGACUGAACCGGUUGUUCGAUAUCAUUACUCAGAGUCAGGAAACUACACGCUGCAGCUGAAAGUCAAUGUGGCCAAAUCUGCACCUCCAAUCACCGGGGUCUACUCUACAGAUGUUCAAGUACUUGAUGCCAUCACAAACAUUGAACUAAAGGGGCCAGCAAGCUACGAAGUAUCUCAGAACACCAGUUUGGCUUUUCACGUUGAUGGAAGUCCUCCAAUGUGGGUGUGCUGGCGCUUCCUCCCACACUGUGUGCCUGACAUGACAGGCGGCUGCACGCUGACCAUGUUGUAUGAAAACACGCUGCGGCUGAACCACACCUUCACCUCUGCUGGCGUCCAUUGCCUGGACAUCAGCGUUCGAAAUGACAUCAGCAAGCUGCAGACCUCUUUCAGUCUCUACGUCAGGAGAAGCUAUAAUACCCACCUGUUCUUCAUCCUGUCAUGUGCUGCAGUUCUUGUAGCGACUUUCUCCUUCAUCAUAGCCAUCGCCUGCCGUCCUCGUCACCACAGCAGGUCACAGAUUGCGACGUCCAGUAACGCCAUAUUUCUCAAGGACCAGGAGGCAGAAGGUCAAAGCCAAAUCUUCUUUAAAUUAUCCAAUGUGGAGAGAGGAGAAAGAGAGCCCCUCAUCAUGCAGCAAGGGACCCAAUACAGUUCCUAACCAUCACACUGAACCUCUGGAUCUUCGCUCUCUUUAUGCCACCAAACUGUGAUAAAUAUAUGUGUGUGUCAUCGGCAAAGAAAAAUGUACAAUGAAUAAGAAUGUAUAUAAAGCAUGUAUUUCCUAUCUUAUUCUAAAUGUGUAGCCAUUGCUUGUAGCUUAUCUGUGCUUGU